GGUUCUACGAUUCUUCGUCUCUUGCGAGAGUCCAGUGCAAGCAAGGCAUAGCUAGCCUAGAAUGAAGGGCUGGUGCGGGUCCAAUGCCGAUAGGAUUAGCAACCUCCCUCGCGAUGUGAUGCAGCUCAUUCUCACAUUCUUACCUGUAAAAGAUGCAGCCAAAACAGCUACACUGUCAAAACAAUGGCGGGAGAAUUGGAGAGCGAAUACUCAACUCGUGUUCGAUCGCGAUUUCAGUCGGAUGUCCAAAACAGAACUUUAUGCGUUGCAUUCGAGCAAGCCAUUAAUGUUGGAGAUUUUCAAAGCUCUACUGGUUCCUGAUGGACCCAUAACCAAGUUCGAGCUCAUAAUCCCCGGAUUGAAGCCAUGUCCUGACAUCAUGGAUCUCAUUGUGGUCUACCUCUCCAAGAAACACGUCCAGGAAUUCCUCUUGGCCUUUUCUCAUCACCUUGACGACGACGGUUACCCAGCAAUUGACGGCAAGGUUCCUCCUGCCCUGUUUUCUGCUCGCCAGCUCAACUGUUUGAAACUGCAUGGUUGUGAAUUUACAGCACCAUCUUGGUUUUUGGGUUUUAGUAACCUAACCUUUCUUGACCUAACUCAUGUAAUUGUUUCCCCCAAUUUUUACGGCGAUUUCCUUCCCAAAUGCCCGCUUCUCCAAAGUUUGAUGCUUUAUACUUGCGGCUCGGCUGCUGUGGAAUCCCAUUUCAAGGCUGAAUUAGUAGCUCCUUCUCUGAAAGUGUUUGAAUCCAAUGUAUGGAAUAUCUGCUUCAAGCAUACCCCACUUCUCUCAGUGGUAUCUAUAGGAAAUUAUUCUAAUGUAAAGCAUUGUGAACAUAGCAACUUUAACGAGUAUAAUCCGGAUAUGGUAGCUGCAUUUGCUUCUCUCCGUGCAAUCCAGAAGUUAGUUGUUGGUGCUGAGUUGCUGCAAUUCUUUGCCUCAGGGAAUGUCCCCUUCAUCCUUCCUACACUUCUUCACCAACUGAAAGCCGUCCAACUUGAAAGCAUUGUGCUAUAUCGUUUGUCGGAAGCACGUGUGCUUGUUUGUUUAAUCACGAGCUCACCGAACUUGCAAAAUCUCAGCAUUUGGUCUAGCUCUGCCCCUGGCCUUCCGCAAACAGAGGCGAUUGACAGCCUACAGUUGUUGUUGGAAGCAGAUAACCAUUCUACUGCGAGUUGUUUCCAGUGCCUUGAAGAGUUGAGGUUAGAUGCAAUCCUGGGUAACAAGGUAGAGCUGGACCUGUUGAGGUUUGCACUAGCCACUGCCCCACUGCUUCGUAGGAUUUACAUGAAGCCGGCGAAAGAAUUAGACUCCAAAAAGGGUCACAAGUUCUUGAAGAACGUGACACAAUAUAAGCGUGCUUCUAAAGAGGCAGAGGUCAUAUAUAAUUCAGAUGACGAGGCUGACACUUUGUAGCUUCACUCUUCCUGCCGUUGGGACCAUCUUCCAUGAAUCACGGCUUCUGUAAGAUUUCAUGGUCCUAGUUACUCCUUUGUUCCUGUAAAUCAUGCAAGGAAGUUUGAUCUAUAGCUCUGUUUAGAUUUUGGAGAUGUGAUGGCUUUUGUUUCUUGUUCAGCCUUAACAUUUUGUUUUGUUAUUACUUCUAACUGAACGCUAAUG